AUGGCCACCAUCACAGCUUGCACUUCUGCUUCGUUAGUUACACGCGCCGCCCUCGUGCAGAAGGCCUCCGCCGUGCGCCCCUCCGCCGUCCUGGGCUUGCCAUCCAUGCCCAAGAACGUGGGCAAAGUUAGAUGCUCCAUGGAAGGAAAGCCACAUGAGAACGAGCCGAAUGUGGGUAUGGCGGCUUCACUGGCGGCGGCGGCUUGUGCGGCGGCUCUGUCGAGCCCAGCCGCCAUGGCCUUGGUGGAUGAGAGGAUGAGCACGGAGGGUACUGGGCUUCCAUUUGGGCUGAGCAACAACCUAUUGGGCUGGAUCAUUUUCGGCGUCUUCGGUUUGAUCUGGGCUUUCUACUUUAUCUACGUUUCCGGCCUUGAGGAGGACGAGGAAUCUGGGUUGUCUCUUUGA